AUGGGCUUUAAAUUACAUUCCAGACCCAGAACUGACAUUGGAGGAGACGCUGAAACUGUAAGAAUCUUUGCGAAGGUUAAGAUUCCGGCGGAUUUAACGGCGAAUGGGAAGGUUUACAAGGUUUGGCAGGUUGGACCACCCAACGGGAGGAUACAGCCACACGAUUUCAACACUCGGAUUCUUAACACCGUUGAAUCGCUUGAUUUUAGUGGCCCCACUACAGGAGUAACUGCGUUCGGCGGCGGUGCAGGAAACUCAAGGAUUCAUAAGAGAAAAAUCCAUGGGAUAUUGAAUGUGGUGAGUUGGGGGAUUUUGUUUCCGAUUGGAGAAAUGGUAGCAAGAUACAUGAGAAUAUUUGAAUCCGCAGAUUCUGCUUGGCUUUACCUCCACGUAUCAUGUCAGUUCUCUGUUUAUGUUAUCGGUGUUACCGGAUGA